AUGUCAUUAUUUAUAAAUUCAACAGAUAAUGAAAGUGAUGAUGAUAUUAAUAAUAACAAGAAUAAUGAUAGAAACAACAAUAAAGAGGAUAUAACAAAUGAUAAUCAAGAUAGUGAAUCAAGUAUACCUAAAACAAGAACCACAACAACCACUCGUUCAUCAUCAACUAUACAACCAAAACAAUUACAAUUUAAUGCAUCAACUACUCAAAUAACUCAUUUAUCUGAAAUUUUUCAAUGUCUUUUAGCAAUAAAUAAUCAAGCUAUAAUAAGUAUAAGACCAAAUGGUAUAACAUUAUAUUCUACAUAUAAUUAUUCAACAAAAGUUCAUAUGAAUAUUGAUCCAAGUUUAUUUAAUCUUUAUAAUAUAACAACAAAUGAAGAAGAAGUAUUUGAUGAUGAUGAAUUAAAAUUAGGUGUUGAUAUAUCUUUAAUUUCUGAUUGUUUUAAUUCUGUUCAAAAUACUUUGAAAUUUGAAUCAUUAGUUAAUUGUUAUAUUACUUAUAAUGGUGAAGGAUAUCCAUUACAAAUUGAAUUUGAAGAUAAUUAUAUAAGUGAAAAAUUAGAUUUUUUUACAUUUUAUAUUGAUGAAUUUGAUGAUUAUAAUGAUGAUGAUAACGAGCUGAAUAGUAAUGAUAUAGAUUAUUCAAAUAUUAUAUUAGAAAUUAUUGUAAAAAGUGAUGUUUUAACAAAUCUUUUACAAGAAUUAAAUCAAAUUCAUACUGAUUUAUUAUUUAUUUAUACAUCAAAAAAUAAAUUAAAUUUUAUAAGUUCAGGAUCAAUAGGAAUGUCCAAACUUAUAUUCCCAAAUGAAAAAUCCAUAUUAGAGAAAUUAAUUAUUGAUUCUGAUAUAAAUCCAUAUAUAAUAUCACAAUUUAAAUUUAAUGAAUUUUGGAAAAUUUUUAAAUCUGUAAAAUUAAGUUCAAAAUGUAAAAUUUUAAAAGAUCUGGCGGGUAAUUUUUCAAUUCAAUUAAUUUGUAAAAAUAAUUACCAAAAUCAACAAAGUCAUUAUUCUGGUACUUUAAUUACUUUUAAAAUGAAUGAAAUGAUUCAUAAUGAUUAUUUGGUAGAAUGGAUUUUACAAGAUGAAUUAAGUGGUGAUAUGAUUAUUCCUGUUAAUGAUACUGCUACUAAUAAUGAUAAUAUUACUGAUAAUAAUAAUUUUAACAAGAAUGUUACUUUUGAAUCUAAUAUUCCUAGAUUACCUCAUGAACCAUUAAUUAAUUCAUUUAAAAAAUCAAAUAAAAGAAAAUUAAUUUAA